AUGCAGGUCUCGUCAUCAUCUUCAGAACACGGCGUGUGGCAAACCAUCAGGACGCAUCUCAACUUUUUCCGGAUACAUGUCAUCUUCUUUACUGUGACUCCCCUGAUAUUCUCCGGAAUCUUUUAUGCCAGUAAUGGCAGAUACCCAGUUGCAUACAUCGAUGCGCUAUUCAACUCGGUCAGCGCGAUCACCAUGUGUGGGCUGGCGACUGUGAACUUGAGUCAGCUUACUGCUUGGCAGCAAGUGUUGCUGUUCAUCCAGAUGUGUAUUGGAAAUCCAGUUAUAGUGUCGUGGGUGAUGGUGUACACCAGGAGGCACUAUUUUGCUAGGAGAUUUGAUCACAUUAUUGAAGUAGAGGCUGCCCGACAAGCUGCAAUCAAGGUGGAGCAGCAGCUUGCCACUGCGUCUGCAGGGAAGUCUACCCGCAGCCAAGGCGGAUGGUCCCGUCGUUUCUUUCGCCGGAAAACCGGCCUUAGUACGGUACCGGAGGAUUCUGCUAGUGACGAUGCUCGAACGACACCGAAGAAUAGUGCAAGGAGAUUGAGGCCUGAUAUGAUCAGGGGCAUGGAUAUACCACCCAAAUUGGCCAACCCGAGCGGGUGGAUGACUGAAAGCGGUGCGAUGCCCAUGAAGCGUUUUUCAUUGAGACCAAGUGCAACGAGUUCAGUUAGGCCUGUGGAAGAACCAACUCGGGGUGCUACAACAUCAGCUGCAUCGACUGGAAUGCCACGGACAGCGACUGUCGAAUUUGCACCCACUGUUUCUCGUUCUUAUCACCCCCUCUUUCCUGUCGGUAGCCGGACCGGUCGCUCAGAUUCCCCCUCCGCUGAAAUUUUAUCAGAUUUUUCACAUUCAGGGUUCUCCUCGUCGCGUCCUCGCCUCCGCCGCUCUUCCGCAGUGCCUCAAUAUUCGCACGUGCCAAUGGCACAGCGCCCAACCACUCAAACACAUAGAUCUAACGAAUCUAGGCGCACAUCGAGCCUAUAUCCACCGCAUGCCUUCAAUCAUGUUGAUCAACCGCAGGAGCAGAUGCUACGAGGGUUCGGGGGGUUCCCGAUGCCGCACGAGCUGCUGGGGAUGCUAUUUGGUUGGCUGUUUCCUCAUGCCAGAAACGGACUGGAGAGAACCACGACAAUUCCUGUUACUACUACACUGACGGGCGGUGGGCUGGGACGGACUAUGAGUGGUGCUGCGAGUACCCCUAGGAGACCAAUACGUGGUGGAAGCAUUAGUGCCGUGGAGGGCACCAAGCCUGUAACGUAUAUCUCGUUUGACGCAGUCGUCGGACGGAAUUCUGCGUUCCAUGUAUCGACGAAUGAACAGCUUGAGGAGUUGGGUGGAGUUGAAUACCGGGCCCUCAACGCACUGCUAUGGUUGGUCGCGUCCUAUCACAUAGCCAUUCAAUUGGUUUCUUUCGUGGUGAUCGUUCCUUACAUGUCAAUGCCAAAGUGGGCGAGUGAUUUCGAACCUCCUGCGCUAUUUAGAAAAGUCACGGUCCCUUGGUUUUCACUCUUCCAAGUCGUAUCAGCAUACGCCAAUACCGGAACUUCUCUUGUUGACCAGAACAUGAUACCCUUCCAGACGGCCUAUCCGAUGAUCUUUUUUAUGAUGGUUUGCAUUUUGGCUGGCAACACUGCUUUUUAUGCUAUCUGUUUCACAAACUCGCCGUUCACCUUAGAAAGUUGGAUAAUCACGAAACUGGUACCGAGAAACUCUCAAUUGCAUGAAACGCUCCAUUUCCUCUUGGACCAUCCCCGUCGAUGCUUUGUUUAUCUUUUCCCUUCGUAUCAGACUUGGUUUCUGUUUACGAUUCUGGUCAUCAUGAAUCUCACAGACUGGUUCUGCUUUAUGGUCCUCGACAUUGGAAAUCCUGACAUCGAUUCCAUACCAUUAGGAACGAGACUUGUCGCUGGACUAUUGCAGGCAAUCGCUGUUCGUACUGCGGGAUUCGGUAUAGUUCCACUCGCCAGAAUAGCUCCCGCGGUCAAAGUCAUGUAUGUUAUCAUGAUGUAUAUUAGCGCAUGUAAUGUCCGCUCGACAAACGUCUACGAAGAGCAAUCCCUGGGUAUAUACAAGAACGAUAACUACUCGGAGGACGAGAUUGCCUUUUCAACCGCAGGUCCAAGGAUGACGGUGUGGUCUCGGUACUUGGCUAUGCAUGCACGUCGACAAUUGUCAUUCGACAUGUGGUGGUUGUGUCUGGCGCUGGUGUUGGUUUGUAUCAUAGAGCGUGGAAACUUGGACAACACGGAGAUACAGGGAUGGUUCAAUAUAUUCACCAUCAUUUUUGAAUUAGUCUCAGCAUACGGCACUGUUGGUCUCAGUCUCGGGAUACCUACCGAAAAUUACUCGUUUUCUGGUGCCUUAAAACCUCUUUCAAAGCUCAUUUUCUGCCUCGUCAUGCUUCGCGGUCGACAUCGUGGUCUCCCUGUGGCCAUCGACCGGGCAAUUCUACUCCCGUCCGAAUUUGAAAAGACGAAGGACGAGCCACUUGUCCCUGUGACACAUGACGAAAGGCAAUCAAGCUCCCGUAACAGCGAGUCUCUCUACCCGUGCGACCCACUUCAGAACGAGGACGGUCCCGCCUCCGGCAACAAGGGACAAGAUUGCAAGAGACAAGAUGAGAAGCGGAGUGGCACUUGUUGA